GAAAACAUCAGUUAUUCAUUUGUCAAUAACAUUGCAACUCUUAACUUUGCAAGUGCUAAACCAGAGAAUACAGGAAAAUACACAUGCCAGAUCAAGAAUGAAGCUGGUGCACAGGAAUGCUUUGCCAGCUUAUCAGUGUUAGAGCCCGCAAUAAUUGUUGAAAAGCCACAGCCGACAAAGGUCACUGCAGGUGAUUCUUGCACCCUGGAGUGUACUGUUGGUGGAACCCCAGAGUUUAUAACCACCUGGUUUAAAGAUGGAACAGAACUGACAAGUGAUGAAAAAUACAAAGUUAGCUUCUUUGGCAAAGUUGCUAGCCUGAAAAUUCUUUCCACUGGAACAGAUGAUAGUGGGGAAUAUGUAUUUGAGGUUAAGAACAAUGUUGGCAAGAGCAGCUGUACAGCCAUUGUUGAUGUCUCAGACCGAAUUAUUCCUCCAUCUUUCACAAGAAAACUAAAAGAAACAUAUGGCUUACUUGGGUCAACAACCUCCAUGGAAUGUAAAGUAUCUGGAUCUCCACCCAUAUCAGUUUCUUGGUCUUUCAAUGGCAGUGAAAUUGUCAGUGGAGACAAAUACCAGACUACCCUUACAGACAACACUUGCACACUAAAAGUCAGUGGUCUAGCACCAGCAGAUGCUGGAAAAUAUGCCUGCCAUGCUACCAACAUUGCUGGAUCUGAUGAAUGCAGCGCUGUUUUUGUCUGUUAAAGAGCCACCAUCAUUUGUGGAGAAGCCAGAACCUGUGGAAGUCCUCCCAGGUGCCACAGUUACUUUUGCC